AUGGAUGGCAUAAACUUCUCCGUUGCAAAUCUACUGACCCUGGAGACUAUGUUUGAUGUUGUGCUGGCUGGAAACAAGUAUGGCAAUCCUAUAGCCAUCGGUCAAGGAUCAGUCAGUCAGGUGAUUCGAUGUAAUAACAAAGGGAAAUGGGUUGCACAAGUGGGCCCUGGAAAGUGGAUAAGAGUUAAGGAUGCCUUCUGUUAUCUGAAACCCGAGUUCGAUUUUUGA